UUCUACUAAUCCAAUAACCUCAAUGACUGAAUCCCGUUCUACUUUCUUUUGCUGCUGGUGUGAAUGAAGCGCUGGGCGCGAAAGUAAUAACGCGUGACUCGAUCGGACACUUACCACAAACUGGCAUUCACUGAUGGAGCUUCAACACAGCGCUUGAAAGUCUUGAUGGUAUUUCUUGGAGUGUGGACAUUAACGAUGGACGUCAGACGAGCACCGAGCAGCGACCAAACAUGAGCUCGCAAUCUCCGGACUCCACGAUGGGCAUGAGGAGGCUGCGUCGGAACCCUAAAGCCAAAGUGUACGUGCUCAUUUGGCUGCUGCUCGUCUGCACGCCCAGAGUGGAUUCAUCCUGGUGGUACAUCGGUGCGCUGGGUGCCCGUGUGAUUUGCGACAACAUCCCAGGCCUGGUCAACAAGCAGCGGCAGCUGUGCCAGCGGCACCCAGACCUGAUGCAGUCCAUCGGCGAGGGGGCCAAGGAGUGGAUCACAGAGUGCCAGCACCAGUUCCGCCACCAGCGCUGGAACUGCAGCACGCUGGAGCGCGACCACACCGUGUUUGGCAGGGUGAUGCUGCGAAGCAGUCGAGAAGCAGCAUUUGUAUAUGCCAUAUCAUCAGCAGGCGUGGUCUAUGCCAUCACCCGAGCUUGCAGUCAAGGCGACAUCAAGAUCUGCAACUGCGAUGAGCACAAGCGCGGCCAAGCCAGUGACCACCAGGGUAACUUCGACUGGGGUGGAUGCAGUGACAACAUCAACUAUGGCAUCAAGUUCGCCAAAGCCUUUGUAGAUGCUCGAGAGAGGAUGGUGAAGGACGCCCGGGCACUCAUGAACCUGCAUAACAACCGCUGUGGAAGAAUGGCGGUCAAGCGCUUCAUGAAGCUGGAGUGCAAGUGUCACGGAGUCAGCGGCUCCUGCUCCCUGAGAACCUGCUGGCUGGCCAUGUCCGACUUCAGACGGACGGGUGACUACCUCCGCAAGAAGUACAACACGGCCGUGGAGGUGACCAUGAACCAAGACGGCACUGGUUUCAUGGUGGCUGAGCGUGACUUCAAGGGGAGUGCUAAGAAUGAGCUGGUAUAUGUGGAGAGCUCGCCAGACUACUGUCUAAUGGAUCGAGCAGCAGGCUCCCUGGGCACGGCAGGCCGCGUGUGCAACAAGUCCUCACGGGGCACCGACGGCUGUGAGGUGAUGUGCUGUGGUCGGGGCUACGACACUAUGCGCGUUAAACGUCUCAGUCAAUGCGAGUGCAAGUUCCAGUGGUGCUGCAAGGUUAAGUGCAAUGACUGCGAGGACACGGUGGACAUCCACACUUGCAAGCCUCACAAGCGACCUGAUUGGCUGGACCUGACCUAAGGCCGUCCUGUAGAGAUGUAUUGUGGGAUUUUCUUCACAAUAAAACACUUGGCCAAGGAUAUUUACUUUUUGAUGCUGAAACUGGAAAAUAUUUCCAGUUGUUGAUUGUGAGCUGCUUGAAGGUUUCUGACCAUUUGUGGAAUUUUUGGAACAUAUGUUGAAAAAAGUACAGUGAACCCACCGUCCUCACAAUUUAACAAAUUCACCUCUUCAUGGCUUUAUCCAACGUCACCCUAUUAAGAGUCUUGCUGUAUGUAGGACUUCUACUGGAAUCUUCCAUCACACUGCUCACUUUUAAGCCACCUACUAUGCAGUCAUGAAAAUAUUUUUCUCAAAUAUUUUUUCUUCAGAAAAAAUGAAAACAGUUAUUUGAAAAAUAGUUGAGGGUUCACUGUACUGAUGAUAAUAGCCCUCAUGUUUAGCAAAUCCAUCUUUUUUGGGGGGAUAAACACUGACAAACUUUCCACUUAAUAAGCAAUAGAGCGCUUCUAAAAAUGACAGCAAUUGUAUCUCUAACCACUGAGGACUUUUCUUGGCAAAAAUCCCCAGAGGAGAGAGUGAAAAAUGCACCGUCUUGUGUGGACGUUGGACAUUUUUUUUUCGCACUUUCACAUCUGACACCUCAUUGAAAACAUUGUUCUUUUCUACCUCGUCUCUCGUCUUUGUUUCCAUCUUUGCUUCUUUUGAUUUGAACACAUUCAACCUCAAGCCACAUUUAUUUUCACUCUCUCCAUGCCUGGAUGUAUUCAUUGUGGUUACACUGGUUAGCUAACUGAAUUUCCAAAUAUUCAGAGUAUUUUGGUUUAGAAAAACUGCAAAACCUUGGCAGAUUUCUUUGUGUUGGCCUUGCGACGCAAUCACUAUGUCACAGUGAGAAAAAUCAUUUACUUUUGUAAACAGUACAGACAGAAUGGUUGGCACCCUGGUGUGAAAGAAACCCACAAAGAUCUCUAAAAUAACUUGAAACUGACAAAACUUGAAUAUGACAAAUUCAUUUUGAUGAACCACAAAACCUCUGGGACUAUGCCCUUUGGAUAAAUGGGGCCAUAACAAGAUCUUUUUUGGCAAGUAUCUUACGUUCCGGAGCUGCUUAGUACUUCCGGCACAGUGUGUCUUAAAUAUGUAAACGGAACAAUCAAUUCUCAAGACAACCAAGAAACUUUGGAGCAAAUCUGUUCUGGCCAAUGUCAGAGAGUCUGCUGUUCUGAACAAUGCAUCGUCAAUCUGUGCAAGGUAGAUGACAUCUGAAAACGAUUACGGAAUUUCAAAGCAAUAUUGUGGCGGCUGUUUUGCCGGCUGUUUGUUUGAAUUUUUCUGUUAUUUUCUCGGAUGGCUUUGCACAAUUUGGCGCAGGGUUUAUAAUGAAAGCCCCAGACUAUCAAGGCAUUUUGAAGUGAAAUUGUGCUGCUUAGUUUCAUAAAAGUAUGUCGCUUUGAUGUUGCUAAAUUAAGUAAUGGAUCGGAAGAUUAACAAUGAAGACGGUCAAGACAUUUUGUAGCAAAAUUGUGCUGCCUGUUGACAGAAAUCUUAAUCAGCCAUAAAAGAAGUACCACUCACAACUUUUUCAAGUUAUUUUAGUAUCCAUUGUGAGAUUCUCUCUGUUGAACUGUUUGCUACCAACAAAUAUGUCUGAGUAAAUAAGCACCUUAGAUCAUAUAUUGUAUAUUUUAAAAAACAGCAAUGUCUAUUACAUUAACAACAUUCAAGUGCAAUGUAUUGAUCUAUCCUUUUAUAUAACCUGGAAAAAUUGAAUAAAUGUGCAUUUAAUCACUUUGUUAAACCUCUGCUACUCCAGCCAACAGCAGAGAUCACAAAAGAUGAAAUGUUACAUGGUUUCAAAAGAAAAUAUCUAACAAAUAAAUGAAAAUAUGGUUGUUUUUUCAAUGCAGUGUGUAAAACUAAUGUGGCCCAAAAAAUAUCCUAAUGUGAGUCACAAUUUGCCGGAAUGCU